AUGGCCAGUAAAGCUGAUUUGUACGAGCCUUAUCAGGCAGCCCUGAACGACGAUUGGGAAUCUCCGAAGGACUUCUACGAGAAAUAUGGACGAUGCUUGUUCAGCAAAAGUAAAGAACCGCUUCAAUCUAAUCUCGAUAUUUCUGAAGAAAAAUUUAUGAUGAGGUAUGGCUAUUUAGAACAGAAUGGCUACGGGAACAUAGCUCUUCAUGAGGCUGCAGCCAAUGGGAACCUGAAGGCCGUACAGGCCUUGGUCAAUCAUAUAUGCUUUCUUGACAUGAUGAUGAAGUUGUCUAGCUCACAGAGAAAGUCUUCUGUAUUUCUUGAAGUGGUAGCAAACCAAAUUGAGCAACAUGUAGAAGAUAUACAAGCUAACAAUCAACAACAACAUCCAGAAACAGAAGGAUGUGAUCAAAUAGGCGACGUUAAUCGUGAUGAUAUUGAGGUUGGUGUUAGUUGGAAUCCUUAUCAAGAUUGGACACAUGACGAAAGAGAUACAGCUGAAGGAUGUUAUCAAAUGGGCGACUUACCAACAAAUGAUUUUCGUUCUGGCGGAGAAGAUAAAUAUCAUGCUCAUGACGAUGGUGGUAUCGAUUAUAAUUGUGUCAAUAAUAUUGAUGGUCCCGACGAAGGUGUCGAUAACACAGAGAUUGGUCCAUCAGGGUUAGUGCAUGAAACUUCAACACAUCAUGGUUCAAAUCCUUUUUUUGGUGUUCCAGAGCCAUAUAGAGAUAUAGAAAAUGAAGUAAGUCAAAUUCAUUCAGUUGCACCACGUGAUGGCAGAUUCAAAAUCACAGAUCAAUUCGCUUCUAAACAAGUUUUAAUUGACACCAUAUGUAGGGAUGCAUUGGAAAAUGGUUAUCAAUUCAAAGUAUCAAGUUCUAAUAAAAAGAGAUGGGAUAUAAAGUGUUUGCAUGAAGGGUGCAAAUGGAAAGUAGGAGCUGGGAAGUUAAGUAACAGUGAUGUUUUUGUGUUAAAGAAGUUUGGAACCCACACUUGUCCUCGUGAUAUAAUUAGACCUCAUCAUAGACAAGCGGGUAAAAGGGCAAUGGGAAAAAUAUUACAGUCAUUGUUUACUGCAGGUGAUCGUGUAUAUAGGCCAAAAGAUAUUAUCACGGAUAUAGCAGAUAGAUAUCGAAUUGAUAUCUCUUAUACGCAGGCUUGGCGUGCUAAGAAUUGGGCUUUAAAUGAGAUAAGAGGUUCGCCAGAGGAGUCAUUCAGACUAUUACCGAUAUUCUGUCAUAACCUUGAACAACGAAACCCUGGCACCAUUACACAAAUAGACACGGAUGAAGAUCAUCGAUUUCAUUUUGUCUUUAUGGCUUUAGGAUGUUCAAUUAGGGCAUUUCGUGAUUUUUGUCGUCCGGUCAUCUGUAUUGAUGGAGCAUUCUUGAAAGGUCGAUAUUGGGGUACACUUUUUAUUGCAGUGGGUAAGGAUGGAAAUAAUCAAAUUUUUCCAUUAGCGUUUGGCAUAGGAGGAAAAGAGGAAACAAUAACUUGGAGCCCGUUCCUUCGAGCUUUAUAUCGGUGUAUUGGAGAUAUCCCUAAUUUAGCAAUUAUUUCAGAUAGACAUAAUGCUAUAAUUCGUUGUGUGAGAGAAGUAUUUCCGAAUGCACAUCAUGGGUGGUGCAACCAUCAUAUCAAAGGAAAUAUGCGAAGUUGCAGCUUAUCUGGAAGGUAUUGA